AUGGAGAUGACAGACCCACUUCCGUCUUCAAGCCAUGAACCUUUUGGGCCUGUUUGUUCCUUGGGAAACUGCCCACAUCAUGUGCAACUUGGUUUACAGCUAAAACGAUGGAACAAUUUAAGAGAACAGCUAAAUUGCAAGCACGAGUCGCUUGCUGAGCUGUUGAUCAAUAGUUGGUAUGCUAAUCAGAAAACUGAUUCAGCAGAUGACGGCCCCGGAAUUAAGCUGAACAGGGUGAAAAGUGAACCGCAGUCGGACAGUGCAUCACAUUCCCAUCUGCAGGCGAGCAAUGAGUAUGAAAUGAAUCGCAUAUCCAGACGGAAAGCCAGGCACAUGAAGCCGACAAAAAUCCCCAGCACUGAAAGCAUAGGAACCGUCAGCCUUGCUCCCAAGAGAUCCAUAAUCACCACCAAGAAGGAAAAACAGAAGUCUAAAACUUUGUACUCCUUCAAAAAAGUGUCUGCAGGGGGCGGUCGUGCUCAGAGUGUUGAAUAUUCGUCGGGUGAUCCUGUCUGCUUGAAGGAUGAUCCAGUUCUGGAUGGGUCUCUGCAACCUCGAGUCUGCCUUGGAAGAUUCAACAGCUGUGGCUCAAAUACAGUGAAGGAUAAGGAAGACGAGGAUGUGGAUUCGGUUGAAAGUAAGAAAUAUCUGGAAAAUCUGGACGCUGCCACUGAGGAGGAUGAAGGUGGUGGUAAUGUUUCUUCGGCCAAUUUGGAUGGUGACGAUGAUGAUGAUGGUGAUCCCAUAGGGUCUGAUUUCCAUCACGGGCUUCAGGUGAGUUGCAAGAAAGAGACUGCAGAACAGGCGUUUUCAGAGAGUGAAAAUAUGGCAGGACAAUCGAUAGAAGGGGACGAUGCUUUUCCAGAAACUGGUGCCGUGUCUUCCCAAAGCGAUUGGGGUUUGGAUGAUGGUGGCGAUGAGAAUGAUGAUGUUGCAAAGGACUCUGAUUCUGACUGGAGUCCACAGAAGGGAAUCGGAACAGUUAUUAAAAAAAGGAAGCUUCGUCGCAGCAGACGCAUCAAGGUGACCAAACCGGUGGUAGAUAAGCCACCACAGAAAGCCAUGGAUGGCAGGAAAACAAGAUGGCAGCGUUCCAGAGCUGCAGCAUCAGCUAGAGCAGCAGCAGCAGCAGCAGUAUCAGCAUCCGUUUCCAAGAAGGAUGAUGACGUCACAAGCUUCACCAACAGGGAAGCUCACAGCAAGACUUACAAGGUGGACAGGCCCAAGCUGCUCAAACUUACUCCAGACUCGUUCCAGUGUCAGACCUGUAAGAGGAGGUUCAGCUCCAAAGCCGAGGGCAAGCUGCACCUCUUCGAGCACCAGCCUCACAAAUGUCCGCUGUGUCCUGGCCGGUUCGAGGACGCACAGGUCCUCGACCGACACGUGACAGACAAACACCCGGCGACGCAGCGCUGCAGCAUGUGCUUCUACACCUGCCGCACGAAGACCGAACUCCGGCAGCACGUGAUGACGCAGCACCAGUUAGCACCUUUGCCCAACACAACCCUGUGCCACAUCUGUGGGCAGCAGUUCAAGGUGACGAUCAACGUCCAGAAGCACCUGGCCGAGGUGCACGGAAUAGUGGAGGAGUCACUGAAGAAGUACGUGUGCGACCAGUGCGGCAACGAGUACAUCCUCAAGCAGUCGUUCAGGAAGCACCAGCUGACCCACCGCGGAAAGAUCAUCCCCUGCAGUGUGUGCGACAAGCUGUUCGCGACACAUGACCAUCUGCGCCGGCACUACAACACCGUGCACCUCAAGCUGAAGAAACACUUCUGUCCGCACGAAGGCUGUGAUAUGAAGUUCGCCUUCCGACGCAGUCUGACCAGUCACGUGAACAUGGUCCAUCUCAAACUGCGGCUCUUCCCCUGCACCUGGCCCAACUGCGACAGGAAGUUUUACGCCAAGAAACACCUGACCGUUCACCUGCGUAUUCACAACGACGAAAAGCCGCACAAGUGCAGCAUAUGUAAUUACGCGUGCCGACAGAGGGCAGCACUGAAUUGGCACAUGAAGAAGCACGGGAUAUACCACGAGCCGCAGGAUGACGUGACCAAGCCGACGUACUCUCAGUUUCCUUCCAAUUUCAAACGAGGGAGGAAAAGGACGAGAUUCCGAAAAACGAAGCCAUACUCGAUGGUAGAGGCCCGUGGGUUAGAUCAUCUGGUCAAGGAAGAGCACACGUUGGUAGGGCCUGAAAAACAGACGUCGGAAUUCACAGACCAGGACAAAAAUCAGACUCGGUCUUCUUCACCUCCAGGUCAAACGAACUUACAGCGUCAAUUUUUCGCCGAGGAGGCAAACCUUCAGUAUCCUACAAUGGUGAAGCCCAUUUCGAAGUUCCAGAUGCAGUUCGGAGCUGGUGAUGAGUACAAUCACGAUGGUAAUCGUGACCAGUCGAAGAGUUAUUCAGACGACAGUUCCAUUGAGUGCGGAGCCCGCAACACAUCUAGUCUGCCACUGAACGGCGAAAGGACGACUCAGAGAGACAAACCCGAUCACAGACUCGAUCCGGUUAGCGAAUGUCCAACUUCGUCUUUUCAGUCACCAUUGCAUUUUGCAGGCCAUCCAGCUGAAUUACCGAAAUACGAGAAUCCCAAUUCCCUCAGAGCUUCCACAUCAUUCCAGAUUUACCCACAACCACACUCAACUGCGACAAACACGAAACUAAAUUACAAUAACACAGCAGCUAAGGAACCCUCUCCCAGCAGCCUGAACGCUAACAGUGAUAAACUCAAUUCAUUGCAUUACGAAAGUUUCGAAAAAGUUCAUUCAAAAGUUUUAGAUCCCGGGGGUGUCAAAUAUUCGGGAAAUGUUAUCAAUUUCUCAAAAUACGAGAAACAGUACGUACCGGAUGAUGACGUAAAUCCCGAUGGACGUGGACACGCGACCUCCAACGUGAAGUAUUCGGAAAAUCCCGACCUGCUGAGUGCUAGAACGACUGGCGCUGACCUGUUCCAUCUGAACAGCAACUUUGAUUCAUCACAGAUGAACCGCGUCAAGUCGUGGAUCAAUCAGAUGCACAUGGCCGGGUUCCAGUACCCGCCGAGUCAGAAUUGUUUUCCUGGGGACACGGAACACAGGCUGGUGAUGAGAAAGUACAUGAAUGAAAAUGAGUCUGAUCUUAGGCACGGGAUGAACAGCUGAAACUUUUGAACAUGGGUUUGUGAAGCAUAUAAGUAUCUGGGUCCAUUGAUUGUCAUGGCUGGUUUCAUCUAGUUGUUACAAAUGGAUCAGCUUUAGAAGACUUGAAUGAAAAUGAGUCUGAUCUUAAUUAAGACACAGGAUGAACAGCUGAAAGGCUGAACAUGGGUUUGUGAUGGAUACAUAUCUGUGUCCAGUCAUAGAUAAGUAUGAACAGUUGAAGGCUUGUCAAGGGUUUUUCAUUUAAUUAUAACAAAUGUAAACAUCUUUGCAGACAGCUGAAGGAUUGAACUUGGGUUUGUGAAGCAUAAGUAUCUGUGUCCAGUCAUAGAGAAGUAUGAAUAGUUGAAUGGUUCUCAAGGAUGGUUCUGUCUAAUUGUUACAAAUAUAGCAGCUUUUGAAGACCAGCCUGAAAAUGAGUGAUCUUAGACACAGUAUGAACACAGGGCUAGUGGUCAUAGACAUUGAUGAACCGUUGAAAACCUGUCAUGGCUGGUUCUAAUUGUAAAAAUAUAGCUGCUUUGAAGACUGAAUGAAAAUGAGUGUGAUCUUUAGACUUUCGGUGAACAGCUGGAAAACUGAAAAUGGGUUAGGGAUGCCCAGAAAUGGGAUGAUCAGUUGAAAGUUUGUCACGGCUCGUUUUCUCUAGCUGUAACAGUUGAGGCAGCGUUGGAGAUGAAUGGAUACAAUGAAUAUGAGAUGAAUAGCUCAAAGCUUGAUUGGUUUAGUCUAGAUAAUUUUUUACAACAACUUUUCAGCCUUGAAUGCAAGAUUGUGUAUCAAUCUUAUGCAUUGAACAAAUAGCUGAAAGCUUGAACAUAAGUUGGUGAUGUACAGGUGUGUGAGUCUGUUAAUAGAUAUGGGAUAAUAGUUGAAAGCUUGACUGGUUUCAUCCAGUUGGAUCGGGAUAAUUCCACUUAACAGAUGUAUAUCGGCUUUUCAGGCUUGAAUGCAAGAUUUUGUAUCAAUUUUGUGCAUUGGACGAUGAAUAGCUAAAGCUGUGUCAUGACUGGUUUCAUCUAGUUGGAUCCGGAUAAUUCCAUGUAACAGAUGUAUAUCAGCUUUUCAAAUUUGAAUGCAAAAUUUUGUAUCAGUCUUACGCAUUGGACAAAUAGCUGAAAGCUUGUCAUGACUGGUUUCAUCCAGUUGAAUCCAAAUAAUUAUCUGUAACAGAUACAUGUAUGUACAUUCAGCACCUUCCAGACUUGAAUGGCAGAUUUUGUCUCGAAGAGGUUGUGUUUCAAGAAAAUAGACCAUUGUCAUGGUUUUUAGGCCAAGAUGCAGGAUUGUGUUUUGAAGAGAGUGUGUGUGCCAAGAAAUUUUGCAGGCCGUUAAAUGCAGAGCGUUAAUGUUGAAUAGGUUAUAGCACAUGAUGAUGGAGCCCAGUGAUGAUUUUCAAGCCUUUGAAUGCAAGCUUUUGUUUUGGGAGCGGCUGUUGUCCGAGAAAUUAGACUAGUGCGGAAAAAAAUGUUCAAGUCUUACGUGUAGGAGUUUGAUUAUGGGUGAGGUGGACCAUAUCCCUGAAAAGUAAAUCCUGAUGAUGAUAUAUAGCAAAGUGUAUAUAACAUGCCCCUACCAAAACUAAAAUCAUACUUACACUUAAAUUUGAAGUGUAUAUGGUCAUCCUGGUAUUUUUAAUAUCUCAAAAUGCAUUUCUCAUAUUUUUAAAAACACAUGUGCGUCUGAGAAGUAACAGUUAUGGAGUCCAGUUUUAGUCUAUUUUUAGAGGAUAUUUC